AAAAAAUUGAAAUUCAACUAAAAAAUUAGAAAUAAAUAAUAUGUAGUUUAAAAAAAACUAACAAAAUACGCUUUUAUAGAACAACCAAAGGCGCGGACAAUGGAGCCAGCAUGAGUGGUACGCCUAGAGAGAUCCAAUUGCUCAAAUAUAAAGAUGAUGGUUCAUUCGAUUUGGAUGUAGUGGCGUUGCAGAGUGUGCUGAAUCGCGAUGAUGUUAAAGACUUGCCUGUUGUGUUAUUCAGCGUGGCUGGACCAUUCCGCACUGGCAAAUCGUUCCUGCUAAACUACUUUUUGAGAUAUCUGCAUUCGCCUGUUUUUAAGGGAGAAAAGGGUGAUAAUGCUAAACCCUUAGGCGAAGAUUCGGAACCUCUUGGUGGUUUCACGUGGCGCGGUGGAUCUGAGCGCAACACUGUCGGUCUCUUGAUCUGGUCGGAACCUAUCAUAAAAACCCUUGAGAAUGGAGAUAAGGUUGCAGUACUGUUGAUGGACACGCAAGGGUUGUUCGACAGCAAAACCACGAUGAGAGAUUGCUCCAUCAUUUUCGCUCUGUCCACGCUCCUGUCUUCAGUUCAGGUCUACAACCUGAAAGAGAAUCUCCAGGAGAAUCAUCUUCAGUUCCUUCAGUUGUUUACACAGUAUGCGAAAGCAGCUGAUAACGGAGAAGAAUUGAAGUCGUUCCAAAAUCUGCUCUUCCUGAUACGUGAUUGGUCGUAUUAUGACACCCACCCUUAUGGCAGUAAAGGGGGGGACUCACUCGUCGCUAAACGAUUUGAGGUGACGAAGGAUCUUUCCACGGAUAUGGUGGAGCUACGAGCACAAAUCACAUCCAGUUUCCAGAAGAUCUCUGGUUUCUUGUUGCCCCACCCUGGGUUUAACGUGCUGAAACCUCAGUUUGACGGUCGGCUUUCUGACUUAGAGGAGAACUUUAAGACGUAUCUGUUGGAAUUGGUGACUCUAUUGUUUUCACCAUCGAAUCUCGUCCCAAAAAAAAUCAAUGGACAAACGAUACGAGCUAAGGAAUUAUCCACGCACUUUAAUGUCUUCCUGGAAUUGUUCAAAAGCAAUGAAACGCCAACGAUUUCAUCUAUGACGAAGGCUAUUAGUGACAUAUCACUACAGACGGCAGUGAAUGACGCUCGGGAACUUUACGAGAACACGGUGAACAGUAAAUUCGGCGUUGAUCAGCUUAGCGCUCCCACAGAAGCUAUCCGUUUCAGCCACACUCAGGCCAUAGAAGCGGCUAAGGCUCUGUACAAUAGUAAGAAGAAAAUGGGAUCGGCAGAUGAACUCGUUGCUCGCUUGGACAACUUAGUUAAGGAACUAGAUGAGAUACUACCCCAAACUCUCUUGAUGAACGAAACGAAAGUUCGUAAACUGAAUUCCGAGGCCCAGAAGAUAUAUGCUGAUGAAGUGAAAAAAGUUCACGGCGAAAAUCUGUUGUGUCUGCACCCCACGGACUUGGAGUCCGUGCACAAUGAGGCCGUGCAAAAGACAGUCGAAUUCUUCGAUUCCCGACGACAGAAAUUCGCCGACUUUGAGGAUCAAGCUAGAGUCGUAUUGAUUGAGAAUUUAAAAAAGAAACUCACUGACCUGAACCACGAAAACGAAGGGAACACGAGGAUCUUCAUAUCUGAAGCCGUAUUGACCUAUUCCAAGGCUAUGGAGACGCUGCUCUCAAAGGAAUACGCCGUUGAAGACGAUGAAUUUCUACUGAAACAUCAGAAGUUUAGCAAGGACGCUACCGAUGAUUUUGUUAGCAAAAGGAACCAACCGUCGGACUAUGAAGAGGAUGAAUUUAAACAGACAUUGAUAAAGAAAAUAUCCGAUAAAUUUAUACUGCUCGAGAAAAUAAAUAAACAGCACAACAGGGAAGCUUUCAAAGCAGCUUACAGCAUGUACGAGGACAGCAUGAACGAGCUUUGGAGCGGUAACUCGUGCUGCUACAGCAAGGGCGACCUGAAGGGCAUACACAAACGCAAGAAGGAUAUUGCCUUGUUUUAUUUCCAUCCGCACAAAAGCGUAAACGAUGACUUCCAAAAGCAAUUGCUUUCAGGAAAAAUCGAUUCUUUGUACAAAGACCACGUCGAAACGAACGAUUUGAGAAACCGAAGAGCUGAGAGAAACGCUCUCAAUGAGUACCAGAGGAGGAUGGAUGAUCUGAUCAGCCCGAAACCCACGUGGGCCCUGAUAGUGCCUUGGAUAAUCACGUUGGCCAAACGCAGGAGCUACCACGAGGACUGCAAGUACUAUGCUAUUAGGUACUUCAGGAAUGAGCGAUGCGGUUCCUCGAAAUAUGACGAGGAUAGUUAUUAUGAUGAUCUGAUUUGGAGCAUUAAUAGGAGCUACGAUACGAAUUAUGCUUUGUGAAACUUGCAAAUGUUUUUGAAUAAAAAAGCUUACUAUAAAUAAUGAUUUGGAUUGUGAGAUUACAAUCAAAGGC